CUCGUGUUGGAAUCAUUUCAGUUCGACUCGCGAUUCAAUUCGAUGAACCGGUUCAGUGAUUCAUGAAUCAAACGUCUCUAGGAAGCAUAAGUCCGUUGUCAGGCCGGUGAGGAAGAGAAGAGAGUGAAAUGAGAUCGGGGACCGGACCCCUCCAUGGAAGAGGCCAGCGAUGAGGGGCUUUUACUCCAAGCUGGACUCCUCAUCUCUGGGCAAGGCGAUGCCGCUGAACCUGGCCGUGGAGACUGAGAAAGCUCAGGCCCUGCUCCAGACCUUCAGCACCGCGUCUCUGUUAGCCAGCGCGGGCCUGGGCGCUUUCUGCUUCCUCGCCGACCCCUUUCUGACGCUCCCCUUCAUCCAGCACCAUCUGUGGCUCAGGGCUGUCCUCGAUAACGCCGUCCACGGCAUCAUCGGACUCUGGUCAUGGGCCAUCGUCAUCGGGUUGAGGAAGAAGAGUGACUUCUAUGAAGUCGUGUUGGCCGGGUUUCUGGCUUCUGUCAUUGACCUGGACCACUUCUACACGGCUGGGUCACUGUCACUCAAAGCUGCUGUGAGUCUGCCGCACAGGCCUCCGCUGCACUGCUCCACCCUGAUCCCCGCGCUCUGCUUCUCCCUGCGCCUCCUCAUGUGGGCCUGCCGGCUCAAGGACUCCUGGUGCUCCCUGCCCUGGAUGCUGUUCAUCUCGCUGGCGUCGCACCACAUCCGCGACGGGAUUCGGCACGGUCUGUGGGUGUGUCCGUUUGGAAACACGGCGCCCAUCUCUUACUGGCUGUACGUCACCAUCACAGCCACCCUCCCUCACCUGUGCUCGGUGCUCAUGUACCUGACCGGCACCAGAGACAUGAUCUCCACCAAACACGGCGUCGCCAUCGACGUCUGAAACUUGACCGUGGAUCUUCUCUCUUUAUUUUUUCCCAGCAAAAAAAACACUGCACUUGAUAUAUUUCCAUUAGCUCUUCGCCUCAUCGCCAUUCCAACGUAAUUCGUCCUUCUUCCUUGAGAGAUUGUCAGUGUGUUUGAUACUCUUAACUACUGUGGUCCUUCAGGUAUCCGUGUGAAAUCAGGUUGUAUUUACUGUGAAGACUGUGAGUAUUUUAAUACGGAUGAUGUAGGUUAGGGUUGGGCGAUUCAAAAACAAAAAAUGCAUAAAAGAUCUAUUUUGCAGCCUUUUUGUACGAUAUGCUGUAUAUAUUUGAUAUAAAAAUCCAUCACAGAGCAAAUUAUAGUAUACUUUCAAUAUUUGCUGAUUUGGAUUUAGAUUCUCAGUGCUGGGAAGUAGAUAUUAUUUAAUUAUUCUGAAUAUCUAAUAAUGUAUUAAUAUGCAUCCAUUUAACAAUGUAAAGUAAUAAACAGCAUUUACCUGCCUUUAUUAAAACACCGCACAAAGAUGUCGAUGAGCAUAAGUAAAUGAUAAUUUAUAGCGAAAACAGCAAAAAAAGGUUGCGAUGCAGCUCAGUUAUCGUGAAAGAGUCCCAUGACCUACUGUUCCUGUUGAAAUGACUGGAGUUCACCAAUGAACAUUUGCGCAGCUGUGCUGAAUGUGACCGAAUCUUUAUGCCGUUGUUGCUACUGAAAUGAAAUUUAAAAAUGCUAUUACAACAUCUUUUUUAUUUUCUUUUAAUGCUUGCAAUAAAAGGAAAGAUUGUGAAACUAUUAAAGUAACUUAAUAGCUUAAUAAAAAGUGCUUUUAAAUCUA